GAACAGCUGGGUGAGAGAAAGUCCUGCAGCCGCAGACUGCAGCACCAUCCGCGCACCGGUCUGCGCUGCGGAGCGCGGAGCGCUACUCAGGCAUGAUGGACAGAGACAAAACCGAACCGGAUCCAUCCCAUCACCGCAACGGGAUUGUGGGAUUACUCUAUGGAGAGUUCACAGACAUUCUUAAUGGAAAAGUUAGGUGUUCUGUUAGUUUGACGGAUCAUGCCCUCACAGUUCAGAAGAUCACUUCGUCACCUGGACAGGGCAAGGUGGUUUUCGACUUGAAUGACUGUAUCGGUUGUCAUGCAUUUAAAGGAGAGGACAAUGCAGACACCGCGGCUUACUUUUCAGCGUAUUUUUAUCCGUUUAAGAGAAAAUGGUUGAGUUCAGCAAUGGCCCGCCAGAGGUUGGAGCAAUGCUUUCGUGUUGCGCUCGCUCAGGACCCUAGCGCUAACCUCGAGGAGGCUGAACGGUGGGCUCGAGCUAUAAGGGAUGCUUCAUUUCGUCAUUUACCUCGGCGUGAUGGUGCCGUGUACUGUGAGGUGCGUCGCCCUUGCCGGCUCAUGCUGCUGCUGAACCCCAACAGUGGACGGGGCCAAGCGAUGUCCCUCUUCACCACCCACAUCCAACGCAUGCUCACCGAGGCUGCUGUCCCCCACACACUGGUCAUCACCGAGCACCAGAACCAUGCACGGGAGCUAGUGCGAGAGGCUGAUUUGUCUCAGUGGGACGCCUUGGUGAUUCUGUCAGGAGAUGGGCUGCUUUUUGAGGUGGUCAACGGCCUGAUGGAGAGAGAGGACUGGGAGGUGGCCAUCCAGACGCCGCUGGGCAUCCUACCCGGAGGCUCGGGCAACGCCCUGGCAGCCUCUGUCAACCAUUACUCCGGGACCCCGAUGCUGUUGGGCGAGGAGUUGCUGGUCAGCUGCGGCUUCCUGCUGUGCAAGGGCCUGCUGUCUCCGAUGGACCUGGUGUCUGUCCACCUGGCCUCGGGCCAGCGCCUCUUCUCAUUCCUGGCGCUGGCCUGGGGCUUUGUGGCCGACGUGGACAUUGAGAGCGAGCGCUACCGGCAGGCGGGCGCCCUGCGCUUCCUGCUGGGCACGCUGGUGCGGCUGGCGUCGCUGCGCUCCUACCGCGGCCGCCUGGCCUUCCUGCCCGUCCACCAGGAGCCAGCCGCGGAGCAGGAGGGCAGAGUGGCCAGACUGGUGGCUUCCACGUCCAGCAUCUCGUCCGAUAACGACUCCUCUCCCUCCACCUCUCCGCCCGACUCCCCCAACUCAUCCUUCUGCUCGGCCAUGUCGUGCGGACCGCUGACGGACUCCUCUCCGCCCUGCAGUGCCCUCUGCCCCGAAAACUCCGUCCACAGCAGCAGCCCAUCGCCCAACGACAACAACACUCUCCACAACGCCUCCAACAACGCCAUCAAGCUCCUCCAGGCCGGCUCUGACCAGACCACAUCCCUAAUCAAGGGCCCACCGGACUCUCUCCUGUCCCCUCUGGAUGAGCCGGUGCCCGCGGACUGGACGCAAGUCCCGGAGACGGGCUUUAUUCUGAUGCUGGCCAUGUACCAGUCCUACCUGGCCGAGGACCUGCAGGCCGCCCCGGAGGCGCGUACCCAGGAUGGCUGCAUCCACCUCUACUACGUGCUGGAGGGGGUCUCGCGGGCAGCCCUGCUGCGCCUCUUCCUGGCCAUGGAGAAAGGCACGCACAUGGCCUGUGAAUGCCCCCAGCUGGUGUACCACCAGGUGCGUGCCCUGAGACUGGAGCCCCUCUCCACCCAGGGGGCGCUCACCGUGGACGGGGAGCAGGUGGAGUGCGGCCCCAUCCAGGCGCAGAUCCACGGCAGCGUGGCCAGACUUAUCUCCAGCUAAGGGGACGCUGAGUGAGUGUGGUUUUGGGAUAGAUCUCUGUUAGCAGGUAGAUUAGGUUCCAGAGCACUUUAGAGCAAAGGCUCAAGUCUUUGUGCCAUGUGAAUUAUAGAAGUGCCAAUGUCUGUCAGACAUAUGUAGUUUUUACAGGAAAAAGGGUGAAAAGAAGUUCCAUUCCUAACCUGUUAUUUAUUUUUCUACUUGGGGCAAUGAAAUGAUGGAACUGGUUUUAUGUUAUGUUUCAGAAUUUUUUAAUAAGUGUCUUCUCUUCUUGUGGAAUCACAGUGAAAUGAUUCUGGUCAUGUAUAUGUGUGUGUGUGUGUUUAUGUCUGUAAGGUCACAGCAUUAGAGUGCUCUCUGGUCUGAUUCGAGAAGCGUGUCAAGAGGAGAGCAGGGUGCUUUUUCCCAUCCUUGGGGAGCACGCCAUGACAACAGGCGUGAGGACCCAACUCCACUCAAGGCGAGCUGAGACCUGUCCUCACGCCUCUGUGACUCCCCCCCCCCCCCCCCCAACCACACACACACACACACACACACACACACACACAAAUACACACCCUCCAGGGGCAUGGUGCUGCUGUGUAGCCUGAGGAAAGAGAUGAGAUGCAGCCUUCACGACACACACACACACACACACACACACACACACACACACACACACACUCUCUCUGCUUCAUUUUCUCUCCUCUGCUGCUUCAUUUGCUCCCCUCAGUGCUUCCAUUCAGUUGUUUUCCUCCAGAGGCUCAGAGCAGGAGAGGGCCAUUCUGCCCAGGCCACAACAGGCACCAUGCCAAACACUGAAAAAAAGACAAGUGGUCACCAAUGCCUUGAUGCAUGCACAUGGGCAGAUUAUGAAUUUUCUGGCCCCUGGGCCAAGAUGCAUUACGGGCCCCCCACUAAUUGUUGCAUAUGUGAGGGGGGUUUGGGGGUCCUCCCCCAG